AUGCCCGAUUUCACCGGCUCCAAGAUGUUUUAAGCCGAUAUUGCCCGAGUGUUGCCGAGUUGUCGAAAACCUUACUGACUGACUUACCUCUUUUUUUUGUUUUCACCAAAGUUCAAUUAGUGUGGGCUUUGUCUGUUUCGUUACCAAACCAGAUUUUGUAACCAGUCAAUGGCAUACCUUAUCAACGAGCUCCCCCUAGUGAGACAAAAUGCCUGGCGACAUCAACAAAGGGAAGAAGGCCUUUGUCCAGAAGUGCGCUCAGUGUCACACCGUGGAGAACGGAGGGAAACACAAGGUUGGCCCAAACCUGUGGGGUCUGUUUGGUCGCAAGACAGGUCAGGCAGGGGGUUACUCUUACACGGAUGCAAACAAAAGCAAAGGCAUUAUUUGGGAUGAAGAAACGCUGAAUGUUUAUUUGGAGAACCCCAAAAAAUACAUUCCUGGAACAAAGAUGAUCUUUGCUGGCAUCAAGAAGAAGACCGAGCGUGCUGAUCUCAUUGAAUAUCUUAAAUCUGCAACCUCUUAAAGAAUAUUGUGUGAUAGUUGCGUGAAAACCACGAGGUACCAUAUUUAUCACAGCUGAACCUUUUUAUGAAAUGAUCCACCAUCCCUGAUUUCAACACAUUUUGUUUUUACAUAACUUAUUAAACCAUAUACUAUAUUCAUACUGUAACUUUGAUUAAAGUUGUGAUAAGUUAGUAAGAAAUUAAUUUUUGGUACAUGAAUCUUCUCUAAUUUCUGUCCUAUUUUUGUAACCAAAAUCUUCAAUUGUGAAGACUUUGGUCUUCAAGAUAAAAAUAACCAAUUGAUUGAUCUGUGUCAUUACUGGUGCAUAGGUUCAAUACUUGCAGGUCGCAGGACUCCCUUCAUUGGAUGUAAAGCUAUACAUGCUUAUUGCACAUAUGAACACCCCCCCCCCCCCCCCCAGAAUUCAAGCAUGUUUUAAAUGCACAUCUGUUGCAUGUUAAAGUACAUUUUGCACAACUUGCUGUUUUAUAACAAGGAGCCGAAUGGCAAAAUUCACAAAAUUGUGGAUCAGUAAAUGUCCCGGUUUAAUUUUUUUGAAUGGCUAUGUUUAUUAUUAUUAAUCCAUGCAUUUAAUUUGCAUUAAAACCCCAAACGUAAUUCAAUAGCGCCCCUGUAUUAUAUUAACACUGACACCAAUUGUCACCAAAUAUGCUUCAGACACCAGCCUUGCAGCCUCAAUUCAACCAAUCCAACCAAUUUAAUACAAGCAAAACCAACUAGAACAAUUAAAUUCCUGUAGAAGUCAACAUCCUGACUCAAAACAGGAAAAGGGAGGUAAAUAUUAUCCAUACUGUAUAAAGCUGCAUGCGUAGAAGUCUCAUGAUUUGUGUAGUAUGGCACCCUCUAGUGUUCA